AUGGUGUUGCAACAAUGUGUUGCAUGUAAUGUCUUGGUAAGUGCUGAUGUGUGUGACGAAUACACUUGAACAGAUCACAUAAUUUUCAUUUCCGUGUUGUUUUGCGCUCGGUGUGACUGCCAAGCUUUUUCAUCAUUUUUUUUGCCAAAGAUUGAGAGAAUGUGUAGGUUAGGCAAAGUUCAAUCGGUUGUAAAUGUGUAGCUUUUCUUGAUAUUUCCGCGUGACAGAACUGAACUCACGACAAUCUUUUUUCUGGAUGUGGCUGUUCUUCGUUCAUGCGUAAAUAAAUAACAAUUCAUGCAAUUGACAACUGCUGGUAUCUCAGAUUUUCUUCAUUUGAUUUGGGGCCGGAUUUUAUUCAAAAGGAAAAACAGGUGAACGGCAAGAUUUUAUUUAUUAAUAUGAGGGGGGAUUUUUGUGGGGCGACUGCUGGAGAAGAAAGUCCAUGUCCAAAGAUCUGUUAUUUGCACGGCACUAUUCUGGUGCUUUUAUUUUUUUAAAUUUAAGUUGGGGAAUUCUUCGGUCAGGAUAACAUAAAGACUUAUUCCACAGACGCGAAAUAAUAGACUGCAUGCCUCCAUAAUGAGGGAGUUAAAUAAGCUUAAAUAUUCCAUGUUUUUCCUUGAAUUAUCCGCCGAAUAAGGAAGGAAAAAAUACGCCCAUAAAAAAAGCCAAAAACUCGUUUAUAACUGAUCCUAAACACGUAAGGCCUACAUCGAUAGCUUUGUCUUCGGCUUCCUCCUCAGUUUAAAACGAUUUAAUUUUAAGAUUGUUACCGUUUUUGUUUGUAGACACCAUGGCCAAAUAUUCUAUCGAAAGCCAACUUUAGCAAGCUAAAUUAAAUAAUUCAAGUCGCGCGUCAUGUCCUUUUUCUUUAGCUCUUGUCGUUUUAACUGAGGAGAAGGAAAACACUGAAAAUGUUUUGUGCCUGCAAGCAAUAAGCUGCUUACAGAUCAAUCGAUCAAAAACAAUUAAAUCACAUCCAAACGCUGGAGCAGCAUAAUAAAGAAUUCAGUAAGCAAAUGUCAUUCCCUACUUAACUGACAAUACAGGAUUUGUGAGCUUAAGCCGUCUCGAAUGCAUUAAAGAGUUUAAUCUUGUGAAGAAUGUAUACGAUGAGUAACGGCGACCCGCUUGCUCGAUCCACAAGAUGCCGUUUAGAUACAUGUAGUGGGAAAUUUGAGCGUCCAUCUUUAAACUUCAGCCCUCGUGUCCUCAGUAUCAUAAGGUCACCUAAAAUUCACUUCCACACCAACUAAACUGGGCUGCUCCAGCAUCAUCCCACGACCAUCUGAAACGAGCACGGACGACAUUGCCAGUGACCAGUGUAGCCUAUGUUAUUUGCAGAUCACUGAUUCAACGCGGACAUGCGUAUGCGGCCACGUGCUCGAAGAUGUCAGCCGCAACAUCGAUGGAAAACGAUUCUCAGGUAAAAACAAACAAAAGCUUAAACAAAAAAACGCAAACGGAGAACUCUGGAGAAAUUUGAGGCUUUGUAACUGUAGAGAACGGGUUGUUUAAACAGUGGUGCUGAGAAGUUGAUUGUCAACUAUGAAAUUCAUAACUGCUAGGCCCGACUUUCAAAUCCUUCUAUCCUUGGUUUGUCAACUAUGGUUUGUUUGAAAGAAAGUUUUUGAGAUCUAUAGUUGCCAUUUUAAUUGCUUUGUCUGCCAUCCAAGUGUGAGAGGUUAUGUCAGCAGGUUCUGUCAUAUUGCAUGAGAGGGCAUUAUAAUAUUCAAAUUAUUUGUCGCACGUUUCUCAUUGACUUAUCUUUCGAUAAGAACAAAAAGUAGUUCGUGCGAAAAAACACAAUAUAAUACGAUGUUUCUAUCGUAGAAUAUCGAGCGGAAUUGUAUUCUCGUCUGGAAACAAGAAAGAGAAAAAUGGAAUCAAGUGAAAACGCGAAACAGUCACUUACAUACCCCGAAAACUUAAAGGUACAUGCUAUUUUUUUACACUUAAUUAUCCUUUCUGAACACGUGAUACAAAAAAGAAAAGAGGAACUAGAAAAUUUUACUUGACAGAGGAGAGUCUUGGCAUUUUUAUUCUUUUAAAUUUUAAUUUCAGUUUUGCUUAUCAAGUGUGGUACCAAGGACUGGUCAAAAAUGAACACUUAGUUCGUUGAUCAGCCACGUGAAAGGAUGCACGCUCCGUGAUCUUCCCGCGCGCGAUAACGCUGCCUGCGUGGCUUAUCUCUGAUCUAAGUCGAGGCCAUGCAGGAGCUAUUUACACGUAGCCUCGUUUUGGUAAAGAAGAAUGCAAAUCAAAAAUGGCGUAAUGGUGUGGUUUAAUUGGUAAAACUCUAUGCAAGAAUUUUCUUAAGGUCUGGUUACAUGGAGCUAGGGGACUCCAGGUUGGUCAUGUGACCCUCUUAGGUGGGGUAACCCGCCUGUCCAUAUAAUCUCUCAUUAUAAUUUGAACACGUUUACAGUGAUAGGUGGGGUGACCCGCCACAUGUUAACUGAACUAUCUGGGGUCCCCCCUCCUCCACGUAAACAGGCCCUUAGUCGGUCUUGAUCUUUCAGUUUCGCCGACUCCUGUCCGGAAUCGAAUGAGAAUACUAAGCUGUAGCAGAGGCAUAUAACCCUGAAAGUGUUAUAUGCUUCUGGCUGUAGAAAACACCUUGUCACUUGUUCGAGAGAGUUUAGUUUUAUCAAAAUAUUCUCUUUGGAAGGGAGGUAAAGAAUCCAUUGAUAACCGGGGUAACGCAAGAAAUCCCCUUAAUUUUUAACCAUCUAGGUUUGAACUAUAUUUUCAGUAAAGAAAUUUUUUCAGAAUUGUUUGUGGUACCUGGUCGUGACGUUGUUCACGCUUUCGAGACAAAACGGGACCAUAAGAUAAAAGAAACCUCUCGGAGUAUUCUAUACACAGCACGUCUUUAUUAUUUGUUUAUUUCUCCAGGACUCAAAUAUGACGGGAUCAUCAAUGCCUGCUGAACGUCCGGGCAGAACAACACCAGUAAAAAAGAGAAGUUCUGCGGAUAAAAAACCGUCCAAGAAAAAGAAAUCAAAAAGAAGAGCAAAGCGAAAGCAUACAGGGGUAUCCUUAACAUUGAAAAGACAACAAGAAAACAGACGUGUAAACGUGGUACCCGUUGAACUGUUGCUAAGAUUUCCAAGCGCUCUCCAAGAAAUCAACCGAAGAAUAAUGGGACAGAAUAGCAUAUGGCUUGCCUUACAAAUGGACAAGAAGACUCUCUGUUUUCAAGAUUAGAAGUAGAAUAUAAAAGAAAACGUAUCCUCCUUUAGAGGACAUGCCGAUAUCAGCAAAGACGCUGCAACGACGACGGCGACGGCAGCGGAAACGUAAAUAUCAAAAAGUUUAGCGUUUCUCAAAGUUUUUCGCGAUUAUUUCAACCCCCUUAAAAUGUCAAGUGCAAGUAAAUUUCCCUGAAAUCGAAUUCUUGGAGACCGAACCUAACUUUACAAGUACGAAAGAAAAAUUUGUCGAGGUGUGUUUACGUCCUCCAUAAAUCGACCCGUGAGCGAAUUUUACGUUGUAGCGGCAAAGAAAUGAACAAAAGUGUGCU